AUGUCUCUUAAAUCACAACCUAUCGUCAUUGUUGGCGCCGGAGUCAUUGGUCUUUCGGCAGCUCUUGUACUUAAACAACAAGGUUACUCAGAUGUCACGAUUGUGGCUGAGUAUCUUCCUGAAUCUGGAGGCAAUUCACCCUACUAUACAUCCACAAAGGCAGGCGCACAUUUCCGUCCAUUCCCCUCGCACAACAUUUCAGACGUACGGGAAUCAGAGUACACUCGUCAUACAUACCGGUUUUUAAAGGAACUUUCUGCAAAACAUCCGGAAUCUUCUGUACGCUUUGUACGCGGAUACGAUUGGAUCGAUGACCCAUCUCCACUCUACACAAGUCUCCAAAAACAUUACACAAAACAAAUGCCUAACUUUGAUGUCCUUGAUACAAAGGGACUCCCUAAGGGAAUUACAUUUGCAUGUGGUUAUGAUACCUGGGUUGUCAAUGCUCCGCUCUAUGUUUCAUUUUUAUAUCGCCGACUAGCAUUCCAUUAUGGCGUCAAGUUUAUUCAACGUAAACUUGCAUCACUCGAAGAAGCUUAUACAAUUGUGCCAGGUACUGCAGCAGCUGUUAUUAAUGCUACGGCUACUGGGUUACAAUACGAUGGUUCACUUGAUCCUGCAUGUUUCCCGAUCCGUGGCCAGACAUUAUUACUGCGCGUGCCGCCUACAUGCCCAUAUCUCCAUAAGACCAUUACUCACCAGAACGUAGCCUCUGGGGAAUGGACUUUUGUGAUUCCACGGCCACUUGAUGGUGGACUUAUUUUGGGUGGUACCAAGCAAAUUGGGAGUACAGUUGCAGAUGUGAUUGAUGCAGAUGUUGAAGCCCUUGCUACCCGUGCACUCAAGUAUUUCCCCGAAGUAUUUGUUGGAACUAAAUCUACCCAGGGUUCUCAACCUGUGUCUGCAGGGCUUGACAUUGCCAAAGUUAACGUGGGGUUCCGGCCAGCCAGACGCGGUGGGUCGCGUGUAGAAGCCGAACGUGUGAAUAAGGGACAAGGUUCUGGUCGAGUGAUUGUUCAUGCUUAUGGAAUUGGAGGUAUGGGGUUUGAGGCCUCUUAUGGAAUGGCUUUACACGUGGUAGAACUUUUAGAAGGAGGUCAUUCAGGUCUACAGCCCAAGUUAUAA